AUGACCUUCUUCAUUACUCUGCCUGAAGACUACGGUGGCGAGGGAUUGUUCCCCGGUUCACACUUUGGCUGCUGUCUCGCCAUUGCCUCCGGCGUACUCGAGAUUUACGACUCGGGAGGCAGAUCUGACAUGCGCCUCGUCGGACCUGUGUCAGUCUAUCAGACCACUGUCAACAUUGACGCGUGCAAAGUUCGACUUACGCUGCGCGCGAUCCAUCUCUCUGAUCUUCUGGUGCACCUCUUGCUGUCCAAAAACAUCAUGCAGAGCCUACCCGGCAAGCAGCCUCGAUCGUUGACCAUGCGUUUCUCCACAUCAUUUGCGCUCGCUUUCGGCAUGCUUGCAAAGCACGCCGCAAGCCUCGACCAUUGCGACAACGCAUGGCUGUUGAACGUGUCCGGUGAUGUCCGCUGUCCUGGCGGCCGCAUGGCAUCUACUUUUCCUCUGGGCAACACGAUCUCGUUUGUUCUUCCUACGACGUUCGAAGACAAACAGCCGGUUCCUCGAGCCUACAUGAGAACCGAAGCUGAACAAGACCUGCUUGUCGUCAACGAAUGGUUUCCGAUCGAUCUCGGUACAGCAUGUGGCUCCGGUCGCCGCGCGGGCUAUAAGAUGGUCUUCUUCAUUACCCUACCGGACGACGUCGGAGGCUCUUCUCCUGGAUCUUAUAUAGGCUGUUGCGCUGCCAUCGCAUCCGGCAUUCUCGAGAUCUACAAUGGAGGUGGCCGGCCUACCAUGCGUGUCGUGGGCCCCAUCACCGUUGAUCAGAAUUGCGAUCUUGGUAAGAAGGGCUGCACAGAUUAUCCGGAGAACAAUGGCAAGUGCACAGGCAAGCUCUACAGUACGACCACGCUCGUCAACGAUGGUCCCAAGAAUGGAUCAAACAAAUGA